AGCGCCGCGCCGCUCAGUCGCAGCAUUUCACUCAAGCCUUCCGACUGUGGAGCGCUCUCGGACUCGUACUCACCGGUAUCUUACCUACCUUUUAUGACAAUAUUUUAUUCAUGUUUAUUUUUAAUUAUCUGGAUAUUUGAAAAUAUAUCAGGUUGUACCCAUCUGAGGUUUCAUCGUCUUGCUCAGGAGCUAUGAUUCUCAGGGGAAGCCCAUACUGGCUGGCGGUUUUACUGCUUUGGGUUUCCACACUUGCUCAAGAUGAAGAGGUCGAAGACCAGACCUUGUUCGAUCUGCUGGAAGCCAGUCACAUCACACGCAAGACUCCUGGGAUUAAGCUCUUCCGGGGCCUGGAUGCGGACACCCCAGCCUACCGCUUCAUCAGUGUGGAGCACCUGCCCUCUGUGCGUGCUGCAGCCCUCCAGCGUCUCCUACGUCAAGUCCAGAACAACGAGGGCUUUGUGCUGACAGCCACGCUACGGCAGGAUCGGGGAUCACGGGGCACCCUGCUCGCCAUCGAGGGUCCAGGUGGCCGCCGGCAGCUGGAGAUCGUGUCCAAUGGACGCACCAACACGCUGGACCUGGUGUACUGGGCCGACGGCUCACAGAACGUAGUCUCCUUCGAAGACGUGGACUUGGCCGACUCUCAGUGGAAGAACGUCACGCUGCAUGUGUAUGGUGAGGCGGCCACACUCUACGUGGGCUGUGUCCUGGUCGAUGGCUUCAUCUUGGACAUGCCCUUCUACGAACACCUCCGUGCAGAGGGCAGCAAGAUGUUUGUGGCAAAGGGCUCUGUGCGGGAAAGCCACUUCCGGGGUUUGCUUCAGAGCAUACACUUCAUCUUCGACACGCCAGUGGAAGAAAUCCUGGCCAGCAAAGGCUGUGAGAUUCCCAAGCCAGAUGAAGCCAACGUAGUGAGUGAGAGCCUUGAGCUGGACGAGGCGGAUCCCGGAAUCGCCGGCAAUGCCAUCGCCCCCAAGGAGGACGCGACCACCCCAGCUGGCAUGCCGGCAGGCUCCGAGCUCAUGUGCGAGCGCUCCUGCGAGGAGCUGCACAGCCUCUUCCAGGAGCUGCAGGGACUGCGAGUCGUGGUGGGAAACCUCAUCGACGGCCUGCAGAAGGUGACAGAGGAGAACAAUCUCAUGAGGAAGACCCUGGCAAAGAUGAAGACUUCCAGUGAGCAGAUCUGCUGGCAGGAUGGCCGACAGUUCGAGGACAAGGAGGAGUGGGUGGUGGACAGCUGCACCAAGUGUACCUGCCAGGAUGGGAAAGUGGUCUGCCGUCAAAUCAUGUGUCCUGCGGUGGCCUGCGCCAAUCCCACCUUUUCCGAUGGGGAGUGCUGUCCCACGUGCCUGCCCAAUGACGGUGAUGACGGCUGGUCACCCUGGUCGGAAUGGACUGAGUGUUCGGUCACCUGCGGCUCAGGGACACAGCAGCGUGGCCGUUCCUGUGAUGACAGCAGCAAUGCCUGUGCUGGCCCUUCUAUCCAGACACGCCGAUGCAGCCUCAGCCGCUGUGAGAGCCGUGUCCGACAGGAUGGUGGGUGGAGUUUGUGGUCACCAUGGUCCUCCUGCUCAGUGACAUGUGGCGAGGGCCAGGUUACCCGCAUCCGGCACUGCAAUGCCCCCAUGCCUCAGAGGGGGGGCAAAGACUGCCAAGGCACUGGCCGGGAAACGCAGAGCUGCCAGGCGGACCCAUGUCCCAUCGACGGUGGGUGGGGUCCCUGGUCUCCAUGGGCAACCUGCUCGGCAACCUGUGGGGGGGGUCUGAAGAGCCGUAGCCGAGAAUGCAACAGCCCACCCGCCCAGCAUGGGGGCCGAGGUUGCAUGGGUGAACCCAGUGACAAUGAGGUCUGCAACAGGCAAGAGUGUCCCAUAGAUGGCUGUCUCUCAAACCCCUGCUUUGCUGGUGUGGAAUGCCAUACUGAUACCGAAGGAUUCUGGGAGUGUGGUCCUUGCCCUCUGGGUUUCCGUGGCAAUGGUACCUUCUGUGAGGAUGUGAAUGAGUGUGACAUGGUGUCAGACCUGUGCUACAAGGUGGUCGGAGCUGAGCGCUGCAUCAAUACAGAACCCGGGUUCCAUUGCCUGCCGUGCCCCCCCAGGUACAAGGGCACUCAGCCAUAUGGCUUGGGGGUGGAGGCCGCCAAGAACAGCAAGCAGGUGUGUGAACCGCACAACCCCUGCAAGGAUGACACCCACAGCUGCCACAAGUCUGCCAGCUGCAUCUUCCUCAGUCAUUUCAGUGACCCCAUGUACAAGUGCGAGUGUCGGAUCGGCUAUGCCGGUGAUGGCUUCAUCUGUGGGGAGGACUUUGACCUGGAUGGCUGGCCCAACCAGAACCUGGCAUGUGGGGCUAAUGCCACCUACCACUGCAAGAAGGACAACUGCCCACAUCUGCCCAACUCUGGCCAGGAGGACUUUGACAAUGACGGACAGGGUGAUGCCUGCGAUAGUGACGAUGAUAACGACGACAUUGUGGAUGAGAGGGACAACUGCCCACUGCACUACAACCCACACCAGUUUGAUUAUGACAAGGAUGACGUUGGUGACCAGUGUGACAACUGUCCGUAUGAACACAACCCUGCGCAGACGGACACGGACAACAACGGGGAGGGUGAUGCUUGUUCCAUCGACAUUGAUGGAGACGAGAUUCUGAAUGAGCAGGACAACUGUCCAUACUUCUAUAACACUGACCAGAAGGAUACUGACUUGGAUGGUGUGGGUGAUCAGUGCGAUAACUGCCCACUGGUUCACAAUCCAGGACAGGCAGACAAGGAUAAUGACCUUGUGGGAGACCAAUGUGAUAACAACCAGGAUAUUGAUGAGGACGGCUACCAGAACAACAUGGACAACUGUCCCUACAUCUCCAAUGCUAACCAAGCUGACCAUGACAAGGAUGGCAGGGGAGAUGCCUGUGACCAUGAUGAUGACAAUGAUGGGAUCCCUGAUGACCGAGACAACUGCAGACUCGUGCCAAAUCCAGACCAGCUGGACUCGGACGGAGAUGGCAGAGGAGAUGCCUGCAAGGAUGACUUUGACAACGACAGCAUCCCUGACAUCCUCGACGCCUGCCCAGAGAACAAUGCCAUCAGUGUCACGGACUUUCGCAAGUUCCAAAUGGUUCACCUUGACCCUAAGGGGACGACACAGAUUGACCCCAACUGGGUGGUGAGAAACCAGGGCAAGGAGCUGGUUCAGACAGCUAAUUCUGAUCCUGGCAUUGCUGUGGGCUUCGACAUCUUCAAUGCAGUGGACUUCAGCGGCACUUUCUACGUGAACACGGAUCGGGAUGAUGACUAUGCCGGCUUCGUUUUUGGCUACCAGUCAAGCCGGCGCUUCUACGUAGUCAUGUGGAAGCAAAUCACACAGACCUACUGGGAGGAGAAGCCCUCUAAGGCCUUUGGCAUUUCCGGCGUCUCACUCAAAGUGGUAAACUCCACUACGGGCACUGGCGAGAGCCUCCGGAACGCGCUGUGGCACACAGGCAAUACCAAGCAGCAGGUCCGCACCCUCUGGCAUGACCCCAAUAACAUCGGCUGGAAGGAUUACACCGCCUAUCGCUGGCAUCUCAUACACAGACCCAAGACCGGUUUCAUUAGGGUGGUGGUUUACGAAGGAAAGCAGAUCAUGACCGAUUCUGGUCCCAUCUAUGACAGAACCUUUGCUGGGGGAAGACUGGGCCUCUUUGUCUUCUCCCAGGAGUUGGUCUUCUUCUCAGACCUGAAAUAUGAGUGCAGAGACAUCUAGGUCCUGUCAGCUGGAAGUGGGGUUUUCCAGCCGCAAUCACCAUGCUUACAAAGUCACACAAAGGACUGAAAAUGACCCGGGGCCCAGUGCUGCAGCUCUGUUCUCGGUCUGCAUCAUAAAGAUGCAGCGAUGCACAGACCACGUUAUCAUGUUGUAAUACAUACUCAUUGUCCACCGCCACCUCAACCUAUGACGUUUUUAUAAUCCUCAGCACCUACUCCUGUUCCACCUAAGAAAGCAGAAGCUGAUGUUUCCAGUAAUAAUCCAGGCAGGACAGAAGCCUUCAGCUCAGAAUUUCAUAAGCCUGCAGUAACUAUACUCUAAAUUCCAUUAUACAUAAUUUUUCUACAAAUAUAUGCCUGGAAGAAUUAUACAUUUUUUUUUUACUAAACUUAUUACCAUUUUGAUGCUAUAAAACCACCUUUCUGCAAUUUUUUUUUUCCAGAUUUAAUUGCACGGUUGUCUACAAGUUGCCAUUUUUAUUUUUAACAACUGCCAACUGCCACAUUGCACCCAUAAACGACACGGUGAAAUUCACUUAGUAACUGAGGAUUUCCUCAUUAAUGCAGAAUCACAACAUUCCGUUUUGAUUGCACAAGUAGCUUUUGAAGGUAAUCAUUUUCUGUUACUUUGAAUGAGUACUUUAAAAACAUGUUAUGUUCUGUUUUUAGUAAAUUUCUGAUUUUUAAUUUUAGGAUUGACUAAAAAACAAAGUUUGCUAGCUUUUUAUAUUUUAAUUGCUUUAGAGGGAUAAGAUUGUAUUAUAAUUUCUUCUGUAAAUUAUUCACGUUUCGCCUCAGAUGUUGUUUUAAAAUUAGACACCAGUUGUAUAUAAUUAUUUAUUUGUUUACACUGACAAAAUUUUAAAUGAAAUGCUAAAUGUCAUUAUCCAAAUUUGCCCAAGCAUAACAAUAAGUGGUGCGGCAUGCAGUGUCCUGGUUUUACAUUUGCUGAAAUGGCUUCUAACAAGUAUAUUAUCUGAAGAUAUGUCCUCCUCUUUAUGGCGCCUUUACCCUAAAUCAAUGAAUUAUGGAUUUGUUGAGGUUUCACUGUCAUUUUUUUAAAGUCAUAUUUAGAAAAAAUAAAAAAAGACACUCGCUUGGAUCAGAUUAUGACGUGAUGAAAUCUGAUCUCCCCAGGCUUACUGACGCAGUUUUGAGCUUCCAAACACCCCCUGCUGGGGGCUUUAUAGCAUGUUGAAGCUGAGGGGUUCGGUUCCCUACCGGCCGGAUCGCGGAGCUCAUGUUUAUGCAGACCCCGCUGGGCUCUACAAAACCUGCAUUCUCCCUAAGGUUUAAUAACCACGACAGUCUGCUUUCUCUUUCUGUCAGAUUUCAGCGGAAACCAACGACCGUAUGUAACAGGAAUGAAAUUACACUGUUUCUCAAAUAAACCUUUUUUUCCUAGA